AUGGCGACAGAUGUGGUAUUCGAUACCUCAAUGGGCUCCUUCACCGUCGAGCUCUACAACACUCAUGCGCCCAAGACUUGCAAGAACUUCGCUACUCUUGCGCAGAGAGGCUACUACAACAACGUGAUCUUCCACCGCAUCAUCCCCAACUUCAUGGUUCAGACCGGCGAUCCUACCGGCACCGGUCGAGGAGGUAGCUCGAUCUACGGCGAGAAAUUCGAGGACGAGAUCCGUGAUGACUUGAAGCAUACCGGUGCAGGCAUUUUGAGCAUGGCGAACAGCGGGCCGAACACGAACGGUAGUCAGUUCUUUGUCACGCUUGCGCCGACGCCAUGGUUGGAUGGAAAGCACACUAUCUUCGGCCGGGUCAAGAGCGGGAUGCGGGUGAUUCAACGCAUGGGUUUGGUCAAGACAAAAGGCGAGGAUCGGCCCAUGGACGAAGUCAAGAUCAUUCGGGCUCACGUGGUGGAGGAAGGAGCUGAGGCGUGA